UUAAAGUUUUGCUACAAUCUUUAACUUCUUCCAUCUAACAAAUAUCCUGACAGAAAUGGCGCCCUCAUCAGCUUCAGCUGCUAAGAACUCAUCUCUAACCAACGAGGAGGAGAAGAUUCGUCCGGUGGCGGAGUUCCCCGGAAGCAUUUGGACCGAUCGAAUCAAGCCAAUUACUUUGGAUAUGCAGGAGUACGUCAUGCACGCCAAAGAGAUUGAAAUGCUGAAGAAUGAAGUGCGAAAUAUGUUGAUUAAGGUUAGAGAAGGGGCAACCAUACAACAGCUGGACUUAAUAGACACAAUAGAACGGCUUGGCAUUUCGUACCAUUUCGAGGAAGAAAUUGAGGAAUUAUUGGAGCCAAUUUUCCUUCAAUGUGGAUCGAAUUAUGAAGAGGAUCUACAAAAUGAUUUGUAUGCUACUGCACUUCAAUUUCGACUCUUAAGGCAGCAUGGUUAUACUAUAUCUUCUGAUAUCUUCCACCAAUUUUUGAAUAGUAAGGGUGAAUUCCAAGAAUCCCUUAUCAAUGAUAAAAAGAGCCUCUUGAGCUUAUAUCAAGCUGCUUAUGUGAGGACUCAUGAAGAUGACAUUUUAGAGAUAGCCCUUGUUUUUGCAACAACUCAUCUCAAAAAAUCAGGAGGAGAUCAACAAGAAAUGUCAUUUUCUCUGGCCAAACAAGUCAAAUAUGCUCUUGACCAGCCAUUACAUAGGGAUGUCCCAAGAAUACAAGCUCUUCACUACAUGGAAGUGUACGAGGAAGAAGAUGGCAAAGACCCUUUACUCCUAAGGUUGGCAAAACUGGAUUACAGAUAUCUUCAAAUAUUGCACCGAAAAGAACUUGACGCACUUUUCAGCUGGCGGGAUGACUUGAAGAAUUGUGUACCAAAAGUUACAUACUCAAGAGAUAGAUUGGUUGAAUGUUACUUUUGGGGAUUGGCAGCAUUCUUUGAACCUCAAUAUUCUUUGAACCUCAAUAUUCUCUAUGCCGAAUCGCCUUUGCAAAAACAGCACUCUUCAUUUCAAUAAUUGAUGACACUUAUGAUGCCUAUGGCACAGUUGAUGAACUAAAGGACUUCAGAGAUGCAACAGAAAGGUGGGACAUCAAGGAAGUUGAUCAACUCCCAAAAUACAUGAAACCAAUAUAUAUUGGUUUGAUGAAUUUGGGUGAUUGGGUGGAUGAAGAGCUGACUAAACAAGGAAACUAUGGGUAUUCUGCAUUGUCAAAAUACAAAGAAGAGGUACAACCAUUUAUAGCAUCUGAAAAUUCGAUUUUCGAAAUAAUCCAUAUUAAUUUAUUAAUCAAGAAGAAUCACUGAUUGGAAUGACAUUAGCAAAAAUCAAAAGAUGAACUUGAAUCUUUUUCUAUGAUUGGGUACAAAACCACAUCUGGCCUUGUACCUCGUGCUACAUAAAUGCUCAUUGAGGGGGUGGAUUUUUCCGGCCACCCAAAUUAGAACUUGAAGCUACCAAUUUUGAAGAAUUUCUCUUUUGUCCCCGCCACUCGAACCUAACCGGGCAAGUUAUUCGGUCCGAUUCACGUGAGAACG